CUAAAACCUUUUCCUCGUUAAUAAAUUAUUUAAUAAUUCAUAAAAAGCAUGGCAUCUCUCUAAUGGCAUAAAGCAAUCAGACCCCACAAGCAAUAAAACCCUGCAAGCUACGGUCAGGUUUAGCACAUUCUUCCAUGGAUACCGAAUCUGAACCAAAACCUUCUUAUUACGUCGAAGACGGCGUCAGAAGGGUUUCUUCCAUGUCAUCAUCAUCCUCCUCAACCACCAGCGUCCACGUUACGGCCCUUGACGGUCUUGUCAACGUCAACUCUCUCUUCACCAUCGCCGUCUUCGUAGGUCUGUCCCUCGCCACUCCCGGCCAGAAAAGCCUCGAGGACCGGACCGCCUGCGACGCCGGAGACGACGUUGCUAAGAAAGUCCUUGUCUUCGAGGUUGUCUCCUUCAGCUUCUUCCUCUUCUCCUCCCUCGUUGCUCAGGGCCUCAAGCUCGCCAUCAACCUGCUCAACAGCAAGGACGUUGACGAAGCCUUCCGGGCCCAUAUAAACCUCAAGGUGCUCCGGUUAGGUAUGAUGGGCUCCGCCGUCGGGUCCGUCAUGGGUUGUCUUUUCUUGAUGUUGUCGAUGGUUGAUGUGAUUCAGAUCCGGUUGGGUUUGCUCUCCUGUGGCAGUAAGUCUGCGGUCCAUGCGGUCGCGGCUUUGGUUAUCUUGGUUUCCUCUGCUCUCCUGGUUUACAUUUCCACUGCUAUCUAUGCUUUCUUGCAUUAAUUGAACAAAACAAAAAUCACAGCACCGAAUUGGUAAAUUUUUUUUUUCAUAAAGUAUUCUGCAUUACUCAAAUGUGAAAUCUGCAGCUUGUUCAAGAAAUUGGGUUUGCUCCAUUCAGUAUCUAUAAAUAGAAAAUGUUUAAAUGCGGUUGGAGAACUAUAAUGAUUAUCUACUUGGUUAUAUACAGGUAGAAGACAUGCUUAAUUUUGUAAUUCUGAUUGAAUGCAAUCUGUUUAACUGGCAUAUAAAAAAUAUUUUUGGUUUGUUUGUUAA